AUGAGUUCACCUGUUGAAACGGUUGUGUCCGAUAAUGGUGCCUUGGCCAAAGAACUUAAUGUGCUCGUCCAAAGCACGAAUUUUGACGACAAAAUCUGUCUUGAAGACUUUACACUUAUUCGUGUAAUCGGCAAGGGGUCUUUUGGUAAAGUGACACUUGUACGCAAGAAGAACAAUAGUAAAGUCUUUGCCAUGAAGAUUUUGACCAAGUCUCACUUGCUUAAACGUAAACAGGUAGAGCACACCAAGACCGAACGUCGUGUACUCAGUGUAGCGAGUCAUCCAUUCAUUGUGGGACUGCAUUAUGCUUUCCAAACGGAAGCCAAGCUGUAUUUUGUUUUGGACUAUUGUCCCGGUGGAGAACUUUUCUUCCAUCUCUCGCGCAUGGGCAAGUUUGAUGAAGAGAUGGCACGUUUCUACGCCGCGGAACUCGUCGUAGCACUUGAGCACUUACACUCACUUGGCGUCGUUUAUCGUGACCUGAAGCCUGAAAACAUUUUGCUGGAUGAGAUGGGCCACAUUAAGUUGGCUGACUUUGGACUGGCCAAGGAUGAGGUGACGGAGAUCGGUAGUGGUGCCUUGUCGUUAUGCGGGACGCCCGAGUAUCUGGCACCGGAAGUCCUAGCUCGUAAAGGUCAUGGCACGGCUGUGGACUGGUGGGGACUCGGCAUGGUGUUGUAUGAGAUGCUAACGGGUUUGCCUCCUUGGUACACUCGCAAUCGCCAAGAAUUGUUUGCACGCAUUCGUGAAGCCCCGCUGGAGAUCCCCAACUAUCUGAGUCGUGACGCAGCUUCGCUCAUUCAGUCACUACUUCACCGUGAACCCGAGAAGCGUUUGGGUAGCCGCGGUGCUAGCGACGUUAAAGUACACCGUUUCUUCCGCACGGUGGAUUGGGACGGUCUACUGUGGGCCGAACCACCGUUCAAGCCGUCCAAUCCACAGUCUAAGGAAGAAGGAGACACGUCGAACUUUGACAAGGAGUUUACGGAGCUGCCCGUGUGCGGCACACCACUGAGUAAAUCUGCUGGUGGUUCGGGGCUACCGAAGAGCAUGUUUACAGGCUUUACAUACGAGGCGCCGACAAUGUCGUUCGGUUCCAACACAUCGCAGUCGAAGGUCGAUGUGUCGUCCACGCCGUAUAUUUAG